AUGUCUAAGGGUAAAGUUUGUUUAGCAUAUUCGGGUGGUUUGGACACCUCGAUUAUUUUGGCAUGGUUACUGGAACAAGGCUACGAAGUUGUUGCUUUCAUGGCUAACGUCGGCCAAGAAGAAGAUUUUGAUGCAGCAAGAGAAAAGGCAUUGAAGAUCGGUGCAACCAAGUAUGUUCUUGUAGACUGUCGUGAGGAUUUUGUAAAAGAAAUUCUGUUCCCUGCGGUCCAAGUUAAUGCGGUCUAUGAAGACGUUUACCUCUUAGGUACUUCUUUAGCAAGACCAAUCAUUGCCAAAGCCCAAAUUGAUGUUGCAAAACAGGAAGGUUGUUUCGCCGUGUCCCACGGGUGCACUGGUAAAGGUAACGAUCAAAUUAGAUUCGAAUUGGGUUUCUAUGCUUUGAAGCCUGAUGUUGAAGUUAUCGCACCAUGGAGACUACCUGAAUUUUUUGAAAGAUUCGCUGGUAGAAAUGAUCUAUUAGAUUAUGCUGCUCAAAAGGGUAUCCCAGUUGCUCAAACAAAGUCAAAACCAUGGUCCACUGAUGAAAACCAAGCUCAUAUCUCCUAUGAAGCUGGUAUCUUGGAGGAUCCUGAUACUACUCCACCAAAGGACAUGUGGAAAUUAAUUGUUGAUCCAACAGAUGCACCAGAUACUCCACAAGAUUUAACCAUUGAAUUUAGCCGUGGUCUACCAGUUAAACUAUCUUACUCAAAAGGGGGUAAAGAUUUUGCUGCUACGAAACCGUUGGAUAUUUUCCAAGCAGCUUCCAAUCUAGGGAGAGCAAACGGUGUUGGUAGAAUUGAUAUCGUAGAAGACCGUUAUAUCAAUUUGAAAUCGAGAGGUUGUUAUGAACAAGCCCCUUUGACCGUUUUGAGAAAAGCACAUGUCGAUCUGGAAGGUUUGACCCUUGAUAAAGAGGUCCGUGCUUUGAGAGAUCAAUUUGUAUCACCAAAUUAUUCAAGACUACUUUACAACGGUUCCUAUUUUUCUCCUGAAUGUGAAUAUAUUAGAUCAAUGAUUCAGCCUUCUCAAGAAACUGUCAAUGGUCAAGUUAGAAUGAGACUUUACAAGGGUAAUGCUAUCGUGCUCGGAAGAUCUUCUUCAACAGAGAAUUUGUAUGACCCAACAGAAUCGUCAAUGGAUGAAUUGACUGGUUUCUCACCAAUUGAUACUUCUGGUUUCAUUGCUAUUCAAGCAAUUAGAAUUAAAAAAUACGGUGAAUCUAAGAAGGCAAAGAAUCAAGAUAUCACGUUAUAA